UUCCCCCGUUGGAAGCUCGUGUAACAGCUCUCCCUGGGGAUCUCCCUCAGCCCAUUCCUCAACCUGCCACACAGAGAGUAUGGACUGAGGAAAUGGGGCAAAACAAAAGGAUGUACAUGAAAGCUGCCGGGUGAGGAGAGUGCUUCUGAACGCCAUGCUGGUUCUUCUAAAUGAGAGGAGCCGUGGGAAUCUGCUGCUGUAAAACCCAAAGCUGUGAACACAGACUUACACAACAUGACCGGCUGCCUUUCCACACAUGGUGACAGAGGCUGAAGCUGGUCACACAUUUCUCUGUGUGUGUGUGCCUGUGUGCAAGUGCAUCACACUGUGCUGAGGAGUGUUUCACUUCAGCGGGGAGUCUCUCGUCUCCCCCCCGCGGUCCAGAGGGAGCUUGCAGUGCGCUCCCUUUGUGAGUCCGGAUGCAGAACCUCCUCGAUCAAAACCUAGACAUGGCCACGGCUCUACUCGCCGGUGAGAAGCUGAAGGAGCUGAUCCUGCCGGGUUCCUCUCAGGAUGAGAGGGGCGGGUUGCUGGCCGGCCUCAUGGUGCAGCUCAAACUGGAGCUGCCCUUUGACCGCGUCGUCAGUAUAGGGACGGUCAUCAUCCCCAUCCUGCUGGUCACCCUUGUCUUCACAAGGAACUUUGCAGAAGAAUCCAUAUACUGUUACACACCACACAACUUCACCAGAGACCAGGCACUCUAUGCAAGAGGCUACUGCUGGACAGAGCUGCGGGAUGCUGUACCUGGUAUGGAGUCUCACCUUUGGCCUUCGCUGUUUGAACACAAGUUCCUGCCCUAUGCCCUGCUGGCCUUCGCUGGCAUCAUGUACAUCCCUGCUCUGGGCUGGGAGUUCCUUGCCUCGACGCGGCUCACUUCAGAGCUCAACUUCCUGCUUCAAGAGAUCGACAACUGCUAUCAUCGCGCCGCCGAGGGCCGAGCCCCAAAGAUCGAGAAGCAGAUCCAGUCCAAAGGACCUGGCAUUACCGAGCGAGAGAGGAGGGAGAUCAUAGAGAACGCGGAGAAGGAGAAGAGCCCGGAGCAGAACCUGUUUGAGAAAUAUUUGGAGAGACGGGGCCAAAGUAACUUCCUGGCUAAGCUCUACCUGGGACGCCACCUAGCGAUCGUCUGCCUCAGUUCCAUCCCCAUCUCCUACCUGAGCGCAUACUACGCCCGCCAGAGGCAGAAUGAGUUCACCUGUGCACUGGGCGAGCCCCCAGACGUGAGCAGCUACUACGAGCUGAGGCUGCGGGUCAACUGUAAGCUGCCCGCCGUGCAGCUGCAGCGCAUCAUGGCCGCGGUCGACAUCACUCUGCUCUGCACCAUGAACCUCAUCAUCCUGCUUAAUCUGCUGCACCUGUUUGUGGUGCGCAAGUCCAACUUUGUGUUCGACAAACUGCACAAGGUCGGCAUUAAAACGCGGCGCCGCUGGCAGAAGUCCCAGUUCUGCGACAUCAACAUCCUGGCCAUGUUCUGCAACGAGAACCGGGACCACAUCAAGUCGCUCAACCGGCUGGACUUCAUCACCAACGAGAGCGACCUCAUGUACGACAACGUGGUCAGGCAGCUGUUGGCCGCGCUCGCACAGUCCAAUCACGACGUCACGCCCACCAUGAGGGACUCUGGGAUGCAAACGCUCGAUCCAAACAUGGACCCCUUUGAUCUCGGAGUGGGAGAGAUGCUUAGCGAGCCGCCGGUCAUCAAACGGCCGCGGAAAAAGAUGAAAUGGAUCCCGAGCUCAAAUCCUCUUCCUCAGUCGUUCAAGGAACCUCUCACCCUGACGCGUCUGGAAAGUAACACCAAACCUGACAAAUCCAAACCAUUCAAAAGAAAGCCGGUGGCAGACAGCUUCAUUGCACCACUUCUGGAUACCAAAAGCACACAAUAUCCUGCAAUAAAAGAUUUGAGUGGGAUGGAGAAAAAGCUCACACGCAACUUCACCCUGGACGUCCACCCGUACAUGCUGACCAUCCGUAAGCCCAAGGUGGAGGCCACCGCCGCGAAGCCCCUUCCCUCAGAGCACAACCUGGACACAAUGUACCUUGAAGGCACACACACUAUUGUUCACGUGUCUGGUGCCAUCACAGAAACAAAGGUUUGCUCUCCAGAAUCGACCAACACUGCCUUCGCUAUGAUGACACUCCCCAUCACAACUUACGUAAAUGGCGUGAGCCCGAACCCUCCCUCCAGUGAGGACCCCCUCAGUCCCAAGUCCUCUCCACCUCCUCCACUUCCUCCUCCUCUUCCGACUCCACCUCCUCCAAGGGAGCCUCUCACCCAAAUGGAAAACCCUGAGUGCGACCCACUACCCCUUACUCAAGCCCCUACACACCAGCUGCUGAGUAUGCAUCAUACUCUCUUUGAGGAAGAAGAGGAUGAAGAGCACCGUAGGGACAGACUUGCAAAGAGACCCGGGGAGCUCAUCGCUGCUGGGGAAUGUUGAAGGAGGAGAAGAAGAAGGACACUCACACUACACUCUGUACACAUGACCACCAUGUCAAUCACAGCUACCAACAGCCGCCUCUUUAACUGACACACUUCUGUGAUGGACAGUGAGGAAAUGACGUGGAACCAAGCUCAACUUUUAGAUAGGAACAUGACUCAGUGAGGAAAAGACAACCGUGUGUGUGUUUGACAAUGUUGACCAGAGUAUUGCUGUAGGAUGUCACAUUCAUGUCUCAGGAUGACUGUGUCCAGCUCAACAGCCUCCAAUGAAACCAGCAGUGAUUCAACAGGGUGCUACAGUGCAGGGUCAAACAGCUAUAUUUAAAAGGCAAGGAUGAGAAAUGAAUUCUAAAAAAGAAGAAAAGAUACACACUUUACAGAUGCAUAUCUGCAAAGAGGACUACAUUAUAGCUUCAAACUAAAUGUAUUUUAAACACAUAUGAUAGCGCUUAGUCCCUUUAUCCCAAUAGCCACGUAGAAAGGUAGCUCACGCAAUACAGUAGAGAUCUGCACAAUUAAUAUGCAAAAGAUCACAAUAUAUGUGUGGCAAUAAUGUAUGCGCUUGCAGCAUAAUAUUUCACAGAACGCUAUACGUGUAUAGACACUAUAUGGUGUGUUUGUGGGGCGUUACAAACAAAUACAGCACACGUUUCAUGGCUUUGUCAUUUCCAUAUUAACGUUGGUUAAGAACGUGUAUCAGAUCUUGACUAUUUGCACGUCAUUAAUAAUAGGUAAAUUGGCACAUUAUUAAAAGGAACAGCAGAAGAACAGAAAGGGCGGGGUUGUAAAGUCAUGUGCGACUACAAUGUUGUUUAGAGAAACUGACAGAAUUAUCUGACCAGAUGUCUGUGGGAAAUGCAGUGAUGUGGAAGCUUUCUUCUCAAAGACUUUAAUAGCCAAACUUUCCAAUAUGAUUAACGGAGCUGGACUCAAAGUGUGUGACUUUUGUGUUCUGCUGGCUUCUUGUGGGAGUGCUGUGAUGUGAAGUGAUGAGUAGAUGUUAAAUCAUGCCUCAGCCGAAGGUUCAGUACAUGAUGACUACACUUUUAAUCGCCAUCUCCUACACAAUCUCAACUUCUUUCGGUAGUUCGGUCUCACGAUGUGCCAACAUCUGCUAUAAGAAGGAAUUCAUAGUUAUAAUAGUUGGUCUGUUAUUUGUAGUAGAAAUCAAGCAUAUAAGGUAUAUGUUCGGACUUUCCACAGGGAAAGAGUGGACAAGGGGAUGUGUGCCUACCACAACCUCUCCAUACACAUGUCCUAGCAGCUGCAUACGCGAUUACAGACAUUUCAAUAAAAGAACUACGUGCACUGACAUAAACCAAUAUGACAUCUACUGAAGAAGACAUUAGUACUGUGGUCAGGGGCUUGCCGACAUGAUCGGUAGACCUAUGCAUACUGUUCAUCUUUUCAUUCAGUCAACAUGCACUUGAUGAGAAACAAAACGUUUUUCCCAUGACAUCUUCUAAUUAUCUUUUGGUGGAUAGUACACAUAGUCCACCUCAUUGUUAUGACACAAGUUGGCGAAAAUUCCCCUCGUUAGACUGCUCAAGCACACUAAAUGCAUCCAAAAGCACUUUAAGCCUUGCAACACGAGUGUGUGUGAGAGCAUGGUAUAAAUGUUGAAACACAGCUCUGCUUAUAACCGAUUUUCUGUGUAGAUUUGAACACUGACAGUCGAGCACGUACACCUGUGACAGUCGUAAUGCUCGCGGAGACGUGGAGAAGAGUCCAGACUUUGAUUGUACUGUGUGAAAUGUCAUAAUGAAAAGUGAUUAAAAAACA